CGUUUUCACAGGUCGGGGGUGUAAGGGGCGACGUGCGAUGUCACUCAGCCAUAGUUAUCGGGCCCGCCGGGGAGCACCGCACCCUCGGGGCCGGGGUUGCCCGCUCGUGGGGUGACCGGUGUAGGAAGACUCCCCGGAAUCCCCGCGGGCCGCGGGAAUCGCCUGUUCGGGAGCCUGGCUGCGCCUGGGCAGGUGGCCGUCGGCCUGCUGUUUGAACCCUGCAGGGCUGGUUUCCUUUUAGUUUCAGCUGAGAAAGGGUUGGCAUUUUUCAGAAUAAACCCCUAUUAAGAAAAUGAACGGAAAAGACUCCACCAGGAACCAGAAAAUCCACAGCAACAACCGUAACCCCCAGGUCGGCUCUUUGACCCCUAAUCAAAAGCAACGCGGCGAGUUACCGGUUUAGAGCCCGCUGCGCUUCUUGCUGCCUCUGGCGGGGGAAUCCUACCCUGGUGUCUCCUGUCUAAAGCUUGUUCGUUAGUUCUCCUGCCCUUUUGCUAUAGAGGUUCAACCCCAGGAACACCUCACAUUCUAGAAUGGGCUCAUUGCAUUUGGUGGGGUGGCGCUGAUCCAUUCCUACCAAAAAUACUCUUUUUAGUCCGUUUUGGUCUUAAAAUUGAUCUCCCUGCCCCCAUUUGCUUGAAAUCUGGUCCGCUACACCUGUGCCUUUGAGGACUUAUUUUGACUCUGGUAAUGCAUUUUGGCUUCUGGCACAGUUGACCUGAUCAUAGCUGAUAACUGUCAAAAAAGGCAGAUGCAAUAAACUGCUAUGGCUGUCUUGAUGAAUUCAUUUAGUUUAACAAGAGAUUUUUGUUCUUGUUUUUUGUGGUUUUUUCGGGUUUUUUUGCCAGUCCUAAUUAAUCUGCAGUGUUUUCUCCUCAGGGUCCAUUGAAUAGGUGCUUAGAGGAGGGUACUUGGUAGGAGGAAGGGGCAGGUAUGUAGAGCCAUUGUUAAAAUAUAAAUAAUUCCAUUGGAGAAGUUAACCCGUUAAUCACUUUGGUCUAAACUACUUAUUCAUAAUUCUGUUUGUAAAAAGCAGCAGCGUUGAGGGAAUGGGACUUGACUUUGGGGAAUGGGGACAGGGUUGUCAGAAGAUUUUUGAUGCUGAGUUUUUAGGGCCUGGAUGCCUAGGACUCAGGCAGGAGGGAGGCACAAUCAGUGAAGUAAGUGGGUGAUUCCAAAACAGGCUGUCCUCAGUAUUUUGGCUAGAACCCCGAGAAGCCUUUGGAGAUUGUUUUGAAGGCGAGAUUGUUUUGAAGGCAAUAAACCUUCGCUUCCUAUUCACUAGUCUGUUCUCCUCUUUGGACAAAGCUGGUCUACUCCGGGUCAGCCUGCUAUCUUGAUUCCAGCCUUCUCUUCCUAAGUGGUGGGACAGAAAGUGUUUAUGUGGCCACCUCCUCUGUUGCUGUUUACUACUUAUUAUGCAAGCUUAUUGGAUCCUGACACCCAUUCUCAGUGAACUGCUAUUGGUCACCGUGUCAAUGUUGACAUUGUUCAAAAAGUGGCCAGGGAGGUUCAAAGAUUGGGGAGGUUGGGCCUCCACUGCAGUUGCAAAUUCAAGGAAAGGAGGGUUGAAUCCUGGUUCCGCUGUUACUUGCAAGUACUUGUGGGCAGAUUACUUACCUCUCUAAAAAACCUAUUUUCUUGUACUAACAACUGCUUUUUAGGGUUGUUGAGAGGAUUAAAUAAAAUAAUCCACUGAAAGAACUCAGCUAGUUCUGGCAUCUGGUAAGCUCAUUCUGUUAAGAAUUUUUACCUGAGGGGAAAUGGAGCAGAACAAGGAACUUAAAAUUUUGCAUACGGACUUAAUUGCACAUUUGCAGUUCUGCCCCCUCUGUUUCUUGGUAGAGAAUGGGUAGAUGAAAGGAGAGAAUGGCUAGAAAAUGACAUCACGUGUUAGUGUGGGUCAGGAACUUAGACGACGUAGCGUGUGAGCCAUGGCACAGGUAACCUCUGCUGAAGUCCUGCAACGGAAAGUUGGAGAAGGUCUGUUCAGCAUAAAAUGGCCUGGGAGAGCCCCUGGAGACCUCUUAACUGCCUGCGUCCUAAGGGUGGGGUUGUCUAAUAAGCAUUACCUUGAGUAUGUGGCAUGGGACAGGGAGGGCUGUCCAUUUGCUAGAAGUGAACUGUAAGACUUACUUCUCAUAACUCUCAUUAGUAUCUCAAGAUAGAUACGAAAAAAAUACACAAUAGUGCCUCUUUAGAAUGCCAAUUGUUUUUUAUAUUUGCUAUUUUUUCUUCCUCUUAGAGUAAUCAAGGCAGAGGACUGUAUGACUUUUAUCUGCCCAGAGAAGAGCUGUGGGUCUACAACAUGGAGACCGGAAGAUGGAAGAAAAUAAACACGGAAGGAGACGUGCCUCCCUCCAUGUCAGGAAGCUGUGCUGUGUGUGUGGACAGGGUGCUGUACUUGUUCGGGGGACACCAUUCACGGGGCAACACGAAUAAGUUCUACAUGCUGGAUUCAAGGUCUACUGACAGAGUAUUACAGUGGGAAAGGAUUGAUUGCCAAGGAAUUCCUCCAUCAUCAAAGGACAAACUUGGUGUCUGGGUAUAUAAAAACAAGUUAAUAUUUUUUGGAGGUUAUGGAUAUUUACCUGAAGAUAAAGUAUUGGGAACUUUUGAAUUUGAUGAAACAUCUUUUUGGAAUUCAAGCCACCCAAGAGGAUGGAAUGAUCAUGUACAUAUUUUAGACACUGAAACAUUUAUCUGGAGUCAGCCUAUCACUACUGGUAAAGCACCUUCACCUCGUGCUGCCCACGCCUGUGCAACUGUUGGAAACAAAGGCUUUGUGUUUGGAGGCAGAUACCGAGAUGCUAGAAUGAAUGAUCUUCACUAUCUUAAUUUGGACACAUGGGAAUGGAGUGAAUUAAUCCCACAAGGCAUAUGCCCAGUUGGCCGAUCCUGGCACUCACUAACACCAGUUUCUUCAGAUCAUCUCUUUCUCUUUGGAGGAUUUACCACUGAUAAACAGCCGCUAAGUGAUGCCUGGACUUACUGCAUCAGUAAAAAUGAAUGGAUACAGUUUAAUCAUCCCUAUACUGAAAAACCAAGAUUAUGGCAUACAGCUUGUGCCAGUGACGAAGGAGAAGUAAUUGUUUUUGGUGGGUGCGCCAAUAACCUUCUUGUCCAUCACAGAGCUGCACACAGUAAUGAAAUACUUAUAUUUUCAGUUCAACCAAAAUCUCUUGUAAGGCUAAGCUUAGAAGCCGUCAUUUGCUUUAAAGAAAUGUUAGCCAACUCGUGGAACUGCCUUCCAAAACACUUACUUCACAGUGUUAAUCAGAGGUUUGGUAGUAACAACACUUCUGGAUCUUAAGGCUUCAUAGAUAAUGCCUCUGAUCACCUUGCAUGGACAGCAAUUCUGUAAACAGCAGAGAGUGGUAUCGUUUGUAUAAUUAUAUGCAUUGUUGUAGUUUGCAGCUUUUUGGUUUUAAUGUGCAUGUGAAUGGCCUAGAGAACCUAUUUUUGUGUCUAAAGUUUACAAUAAAUGUAUUUAACACCA